GCAAUCAUGACCAUGUCCGUCGAUGACCUCGUCGCCUCCCUCAACGCCAACCACAUUGGCCAAGAAGCGAUCGAGCUCGCCGCCCUGCAGGCGCAGCUCUCGCAGACUCUCUUCCAGUCCCACUCCAAUCCCAUCUCAUUCAAUGCACCCCGCACUGCAGGGUUCAACACGCCCAUCUCGCGCACGCCUUCCGCAAGUAUCUCAUGGGAGGCAGGGGACGCCACCUGGGGCCACCGCGGCAGUGCCUCCAACUCAAAGAUGCGCUGCUCGAUCGACGAGGGCCAGCCGGGCUCUGAUGACAUGGACGAGGACGAGCGCAUGGUCGAGGACCUCCUCUUCUCGCCCACGUCCCCCGCGAGCCAGUCGGGCUCCUUCUCGUGCGCGCCACCGUCCUCUAGCGUCGCCACCACCCCGUCCUCGGCGCUCCGCCAACGAAAAGCGAGCCUCUCGAUGAACAUGCUUCCGCUCGAGCACGCCCACCACGACCUCCCGUCCCCAAACACCUCCCUCUUCGCGACGACCGACCCGUUCUACCUCGCGUCGCUCCAGGGCGCGCACACCCACGCGUCGCCGAGCUCCUCGUUCUUCGCGCAGGCGGGCCGCCCGUCGACGCACUCGCCCUUCAUGGGCCACCACCACAUGCAGUCGAUGUACACCGGCUUCGGGCACGGCUACCAGUCCGUCGCGCCCGACGUGCAGACGCACAACAUGUUCGCGACGACGGCCGCGUUCAGCGCAUGAGCCCCCCUCCCUCUCGUCUCGCCCCACUUCCGUGUCUCGGCCUCUCCCGCAUCAUCAGCAGCAUUAUCACACGCACUAUCUACAUUGCCCCCCUCUCAGCAUCGCUCUGUAUCACCUCUGUAUCAUACAUAGUAAUUUCGCCAACGCCGCUAUCGCCUGCCUGCUAUACCCGUACCCGCGCGUCCGUGAUAUCCCCUGCUGGCCUGACCCUAAUCACACGGGUCGCCCCGCGCGCCCGCAUUGAAUGGCGCAGUGCGGGGUAACGAUGUCGACAGGCGGACGACGCGGUGCAGUGCGGGGCGAUGCAUCGCAGCAGCUGAUCCCGAGGCAAAACCCCGGCGGCUACGCACGCACCGCUGAUCCCGGCGCCACGGCAUCAGUCGAAGAGGCGCAAAAGCCGAGCGGAGGGGGGCUCGAGGUGGAGAACUCUCGCACGCGCUCCGGCGCGCCAUCAUCCCCAGUUCCAACACGAAAACGCCCCGCGCGAUGUCGACGCGUCCCACCGCCGUCAUCCAGGUCUCCGUGGGGGGACGCGGACGCAUGAUCGCGACGCGCGCGUCGCCCGCUAGACGCUUUUCGGUCUCGUGCGUUCCGUACUCCCUCGAUACCCCUCCGCGCGCGCGCCUUGGCCCCCCACUUGCAUCUGUCGAACGUUCCUCCUCCUCUCGAACUUCUCGGGUCUCAGGUUUAGGAUUUUGGUCGGUGGCACUGGCUGAGAGUUCCCUGUCAUAGUCCGAACGAUCGCAGCAUGAACAUAUCCCGCGCACGCUACACGGUACACACACAGUAGAGGCUCCCGAUCACUCGUCCGUCCCGCUCCGCGUCGGCGCGGACAUGCCCCUGUACUUGCUUGCAAUCGCCCGUGCUUCUCUGAUUCUGUGAUUCUCUAAGUCCCCACCAUCAUCUCCCCACCCUGCUGCAUCUUUCCGUUUCGUCAUCUGCCCGCUGCUUCCCCCAAUUGCUCCGUUAUAGUUGCUUUCCGUCCGCCGCCAGCGCCCCCGGACUAGAACGCUAACCUUACAUCGUAAUGUGUAUUCACUGUCUGUAGUACUUUCCGAGACGCGUCCGUACGUACACAAUACAGCACCCAUUCAGUGCUCC